AUGAUGUUCCCGGGACAUAAGAGAGACCAAGGUACCUUGGACGACGCAGGGUUCUGUCCUACAGGCUACAGCACGCCCGGGAAAACUUUGGAAGGCAACACAGAGGAUUCAAAAGUGCCUCAACGCCAGAGGCAAUCGGUUCAGCCAUUAUUGGAGCACCCUGCCGAGCACUUGCACUUCCGCUGCGUCGGAGCGCAUACACCUGCAGUCGAAACAUGUCAGCCGCUCCCCAAGCCAAAAUGCGCAACAGUCUGCCCGGGUUUUGCCGCUUUCCCAUGUAUCCGAUAUCCGAAGGAAAAGACCAUUACCCCAGACAUGGUUCGGGAGACAAGCUUACAGGUUACGCUAAGCCCAUAA